AUGGCUUAUCACGACAAGCGACGAGCUGUGGAAACAUUAGCGCCGGGCCAACCUUUGGGAAGACACAUGCAGCCGACGGCAUGUGACUACUAUUCACUCCGCAGCACAGAAGCAGCGGCCCGUGAACGGUACACCUGGUGGGCAGACGAGCAGAGGCCGGAAGGGAUUAUGGUGAGAAUUACCCUCACUGCUCACGGACGUGCUGAGCUGCUUCGGGAUCGGCAGCUGACAGUUGGCCAAGACAGUGGCCGGCUGUACUGCAGAGUACCUAUGGGGACGACCCUCGAUGCAAACGGCGCCGAGAUCAUGAUGGUCGAGCGCAUCUGA